CGCGUCGGAAAACGCGUCCGAGCUUUUUUGGUGUAUCAUUGCCACGGGCAGGAACGACAUUCUUUGCUAAGCAAGCACACUUUAAACACUUCCUUCCUCAAUCGCAUGUGAUCUUAACGCAAACCUUCCCCCCUUUUUUUCUUCACCUCUUCACACAAAUUGCGAAAGACGCAUCAAAUUCGUCAUUGUUCUUACAAUAAAGCAAUCAAGAAUUGUGACACAUAAGACUGCACUGAAAAUAACUAUAAUUAUCGCCCCUUCUUACUUCUUAUUUCCACCCCUGUGAACAUAAUCGUAACCAACGCGAUCAUGGCUCCCUCAAGACAGAGCCAGGCGCCUCCAUACGCCAAAGACGAAAAGGUUCUUUGCUUUCAUGGCGACUUAAUGUAUGAAGCAAAGAUCAUUGAGGUUGCCGUAAAGUCCGGCCAGAAGCCUGAAGAUGCACAGUACCGCAUCCAUUAUAAGGGCUGGAAAGCUAGCUGGGAUGAUUGGGUUUCGCAGGACCGUAUACGAAAGUUCACUGAGGACAAUAAGCAGCUUGCCAGUCAACUGCAAGCUCAGGCUCGAAUGCGGACUCAUGGCCCUAAAGGAGGAAAGAAGGGUGUUAAGGCUAACGGUUCCGAGUUGAGUUCUGCUCGUGGUAGUGAAGAGCGUGCUGCCGGAUCCUCAAGCUUUGGCGGCCGUGGCCCUCGGCGCGGCAGGGACUUUGAACUAGAGAACGAGGACAUAUUCCACGCUCGCCCUUCAAUUAAACUCAUCGUUCCCGACAUCUUGAAGGCGAUGCUCGUUGACGACUGGGAGAAUGUCACCAAGAAUUACCAGCUCGUCCCCCUCCCCCACCCUCACCCCGUCUCAAAGAUUAUCGACGACUACUCCGCUUAUGAGACCCCCAAGCGCCCUGCUGGCUCGUCUCAUGUCGACAUCCUCGACGAGACGCUAUCUGGCCUCAAGGAGUAUUUCAACCGAUCUCUUGGACGUAUCCUUCUCUAUCGGUUCGAGCGUGUCCAAUAUGCCGAGAUCCACGAAAAGUGGCAAUCCAACGACCCCGAGUACCACGGCAAGCACGCGAGCGACUUCUAUGGCCCUGAGCAUUUGAUGCGUCUUCUAGUCUCGCUGCCAGAACUUAUUGCUCAGACCAACAUGGAUCAGCAAUCGGUCAACCGCCUUAGAGAGGAGUUGUCCAAGUUCUGUGCCUGGCUUGCUCGCAACACGGAUACGUACUUCGUGAACCACUACGAGUCACCUCCCCAGGAUUACAUCCAGAAGGCCAAGGACUAAAUACCGACUAGUCUUCAAGAAAUCGCCAUGUCGUCCAUGAUCCCUCUUAUAUAACGAUACUACGCGGCAUGUGUGAGGCUGAAGGGAGUCUCGAACUCAAAUUUGCAACAAGACUCACACCCUCUCUAUACAUCUAUAUAAUACCCAACAGUCGACACGGUCCUCUGCUUCUGUCAAGUAUAUGCCAUGUAAGGCAUUACGAAAAAUAAGAGGUGGAUUUCCUCUAUAUAUCCAUAUGGAUGUGAGGGGUAUACUUAUCGGCUCUCUAGGUGCCUACCUACUAGGUACACAUUACGAAGGGUUCCAUGAGAGGAGGAAAGUGGAGGAAUAUUUUUUGGACUCGUUGGCAAAGAGGUUAUUCCCGUCUCCGGAUAGGGAUUCCCUUCUAUGCCGUAUUGUACCCAUAGUUUAAUUUCGCGGGUCUUUUUUUACUCUUCUGGUUCUUUUCCUUGAUGUGACGUGACUUGAUUUGCUGUGCCUGGGUGUCUUUUACAAAGUUGUGCUACAUCGUGCCUAAUAAUUUGGAGUGUUCAUGGAGUUCAUGGCUGGGCUAUCUCAGUGUUCGGGUACCUCAAUGAGUGGAAGUUUCGUUCGUGCUUUUGACCUCGUUUUUUUAUGCUCCGAAUCCUCUGGAAGUCCCUCGUAUUGAUGAUACCUACCCAAUCAACUGCUGAAUACAAUGCAUCACGAUACUAU